CUUCUCUUCUCUUCUCUUCUCUUCAAGUUCAACUACCACCAACGCCAUCACACACGUAUCUCCACCAGACGCCACCAUCCUUAUAAAACCCUUCUCAUCUGUCUCUCAACCUCUUCUCAGGGACAAUCUAAAAAUCUUGAAUACCUCUUUUUGGUUUUUCACAGUCAAAAACCAAGCCUCAACAAGAAACGCAAACAAAAGCAAAGCAAAAAUAAACAAAAUGUCUCUUACUGGCACUUCCAUUAUUCCUACCAAAUCUUUCAUUUCCCCCAAGAAACCUAACCAACCUUCUUUUGUCUUACCUACCAGAUCUGUCCUUCACAUCUCCGCCGUCCAUUCCGCCGAUCCUUCAAAGAAUCCGAUUGUCCCUGACAAAAAACAACAGAAUGCGAAAACUUCUACAGCAGCUGCCGCGGCAACGGCGGCGGCGGCGCCGACAACAAUCAAUGUGGUUCCUGGGAAAUGGAGCGUCGACAGCUGGAAGUCAAAGAAGGCUCUGCAGUUACCGGAAUACCCGAGCAAGGAGGACCUUGAAACGGUGCUCAAGACUCUCGAGGCUUUCCCUCCGAUUGUGUUUGCCGGUGAGGCUAGGAGCUUGGAGGAGAAGCUUGCUGAGGCUGCAAUGGGAAAUGCUUUUCUAUUACAAGGGGGAGAUUGUGCAGAGAGUUUCAAGGAGUUUAACGCCAAUAAUAUCCGUGACACUUUCAGGAUUCUCCUCCAGAUGGGUGCUGUUUUGAUGUUUGGUGGCCAAAUGCCCGUUAUCAAGGUGGGAAGGAUGGCGGGUCAGUUUGCGAAGCCAAGAUCGGAGCCUUUUGAGGAAAAGAAUGGAGUGAAGUUGCCUAGUUACCGAGGGGACAACAUAAAUGGAGAUGCUUUCAAUGAGAAGUCGAGAGUUCCUGAUCCGGAAAGGAUGAUCAGAGCUUAUUGUCAAUCAGCAGCAACUUUGAAUCUUCUUCGAGCAUUUGCUACCGGUGGAUAUGCUGCUAUGCAGAGGGUAACCCAGUGGAAUCUUGAUUUCGCUGAGCACAGCGAACAGGGAGAUAGGUACAAGGAACUUGCUCACCGGGUUGAUGAGGCCCUUGGAUUCAUGUCUGCUGCUGGUCUCACUGUUGACCAUCCUAUUAUGACAACAACUGAGUUCUGGACAUCCCAUGAGUGCUUGCUUCUGCCAUAUGAGCAAUCACUUACCAGGCUCGAUUCAACUUCUGGCCUAUACUAUGACUGCUCUGCCCAUUUUCUCUGGGUUGGGGAACGUACCAGACAGCUAGAUGGUGCUCAUGUUGAGUUUUUGAGAGGAGUUGCAAAUCCUCUCGGCAUUAAGGUGAGUGAUAAGAUGGAUCCAAAUGAGCUAGUUAAGCUCAUUGAGAUUCUGAAUCCUCAGAACAAACCAGGAAGAAUAACAAUUAUUACAAGAAUGGGAGCUGAGAAUAUGAGAGUGAAGCUUCCCCAUCUAAUUAGGGCAGUUCGCAGGGCUGGGCAAAUUGUCACAUGGGUCAGUGAUCCUAUGCAUGGAAACACCAUUAAGGCUCCUUGUGGUCUAAAAACUCGACCAUUUGAUUCCAUCAGGGCGGAGGUGAGAGCAUUCUUUGAUGUGCAUGACCAAGAAGGAAGCCACCCUGGAGGAGUUCAUCUAGAGAUGACUGGCCAAAAUGUGACAGAAUGCAUCGGGGGAUCUCGAACUGUGACAUUUGAUGACUUGAGUUCGCGUUACCACACCCACUGUGACCCUAGACUCAAUGCUUCACAAUCUCUAGAGCUUGCAUUCAUCAUUGCAGAGCGCCUUAGAAAGAGAAGGAUCAAGUCUCAACCCUCUAUUGCUCCCAUAAGCCUGUAGAGAAUGGCAUUUGAAGGCUCACCGAUAUGUUCUUUUUUUCUUUUUCCCCCUUUGCAUAAAGUUGUUAAAGCCUGUAUUAGUAGAACUUUAUAACUUCAAGUUAAUUUAUAAUGUGUUGUAUGUGUAUACUGAAGGCAGUAAUGUUUGAGACUCUGAAGAAAUGAAGGAAUAAAGAAAAUUAAAAAGGCUGCUUCUAAAAAUAUGAAAUUUAUGAUU